AUGAAGCAAACUGAUUAUUUAAUUUUAUUAAAACAGAAAGUAUUGAAAUUUAUUUAUUGGUAUAAUAAUUCAAGUAUAGGUCAUCGAAAUUUUGUGUGGGUAUUUAUAGGGAUAGGAUGUGGAUAUAUAUAUGGAACCAUAGAAUAUAAAAAAAAAAUAAAAGAUAAAGGAAUAUAUGGGGAUUUAAUAUAUGUUGAUGAAUAUAUUGUUGAUGAUAAAAAUAAAAAACAAUUCGAACAAAAUUAUAAUAAUCUUAAUAUUCAUUCAUUUAAAAAUAAAGGAUAUGAAUAUACAAAAGUAUUUAAAGCAAUUAAAAAUGAUAAUUCUCCAUUUAGUUAUUUACAAUUAAGGUUGUGGAAAAAUAAAAAUAGUUAUGAUCAAUAUAUAAAUAAUAAGAAUAUACAAAAUUUAUUAACAAAUUUAAAAGAUAGCUGUAUAUUCUAUUCAACUCAAAAAUAUAAAACUAUAGUAGACGAUUCAAUAGUUAGACUCAUCCCAUAA